CCGUGAGACGCUGGUGCACCAGAGGCAAAGCACAUUUGCUCCACACCUGCACAUCUCCACCACUGUGAACAGAGAGCAUGGAGGAAGACCUACAGAAGAGGCCCACGUCCAGGGGUCUGAGUACCCUGGAGAAGAGCCUGACACUACUGUUUGUGGCUCUGACUGGCGCCUGCAUCGGACUGGUGGUCAUCUACUUCACUGACAAGAACAGCGUCUCCACUGAUGAAGAGGUCAAUUCAGGAUGCGGGGGUCCUCAGGCACUCAAGGGCCCGUCGGGGGAGUUCACCAGCAUGAAUCACCCCAGUAGCUACGACAACGGCAUGAGCUGCAGCUGGCACAUCACUGUGGACCCAGGCAUGGUAAGUACCACAAUCUUCAUGUUCUCUGCUACAGACUCAGGCUGCGGUGGUGUCGGAACGCUGUUUGGCCGCAAAGGGGAGAUCCAUUCUAUGGGAUUCCCAGAUGCGUAUCCCGGGAAUCUUCACUGCUCCUGGAACAUCACAGCUCCGGAAGGCUUCCUGGUCAAACUGCACGUCACAGACAUGUCCGUCACGGGAGAGGCGGGCCAGUGUGGCGAAGACAAGCUUGUAGUUUCUGACAGCCUCCAGGCGCUUGGCACACACUGUGGCUACGUCCUUCCCCCUGUGGUGGUCAGUGCCAAUAACAAGAUGUCCCUGAGCUUCCUGUCCGACUCACGUCUCUCUGACCGAGGCUUCUCCGCCAAGUGGGAGGCCGUGUAUCCUGAGGACAUUGCCGCGAUCCAGGGAUGCGGAGGGGCCUGCCAUGAGUUAAAAGGGGUUAUUAAGUCUCAGAACUGGCCUAUGAACUACAAGGCGGCCAGCGAGUGCAUGUGGAGUGUGGAGGUGCCCAAAGGGAAGACCAUAACUCUGACGUUCACCCACUUCGACGUGGAAGCCAAGGACAUUUUCACUUCCAAAUGCUUGGAUAACAUGGUGGCGUACGACAUCUAUAAUGACGGAGCUGAGAGUACAAAACACAGUCCAUGGUGUGGUGACCAACUCCCAGCCACCAUCACAACUAAGGGCAACAAGUUGGUGAUGCGUUUCCAUACUGACUUCUUUGUGGAGGCUAAAGGUUUCAGAGCCUACUGGACUACAGACACCACCCAGCCUGUUCCCACUGAGCCCCCUAUACAGCCUAACCCCUGGGACAACAUCAUUGUAGAAUGGCCAACCACAUGUGGCAAACCCGCCAUUCCCCCCACCAUCCACACCCGCAUAGUCAAUGGAGAGCCAGCCAACCCCCACUCCUGGUCCUGGCAGGUGUCCAUGCAGGUUUGGCCUAGCAGUCAGGAGACGCCCAAUUUCUUCCACACCUGCGGAGGAACUCUCAUCCAUAAGAACUGGGUUAUGACUGCUGCCCAUUGCUUCAUACGGUACAGUGACGAGCUCCAGCGCUGGGAAAUGUGCCUGGGCAAACACAACCUGACGUUCACAGAAGACACGGAGCGCUGCUUCGGCGUGACGGGCAUCUAACUCCACGAGGGCUUCAAGUACCCCACGUUGCCCACGGUGGAGUUCGACAUCGCCCUCGUCAGGCUGGGUGGGGAAGUGAGCCCCAGCGAUCAGAUCUCCUACUCCUGCCUGCCCUCCCUGGAGGAGGUCCUGGAGGGGGGCAAGAAGUGUUACGCCACCGGCUGGGGAGAUGAGACUGGUGAUUCCAUGAAUGCCAAAGUAGCUGAGACCCUGAACCAGGUGGCCCUGCCGGUGGUGCCCUUCAACACAUGUAAGAAGCUGGACUACUGGUGGUUCCAGGUCAAGACCUCCAUGAUCUGCAUGGGCUACACCUUGCCUGACGAGCUCAAGUCUGUCUGUCAGGGGGAUUCGGGCGGUCCCCUGGUGUGCCAGGACUCUGCCAACGCUCCCUGGGAAGUGCACGGCAUCACCAGCUUUGGUCCCAAUGGCUGCAUCAUGGACAAGAAACCCUCUGUGUUCACCCGUGCCUCGGCCUACAUCCCCUGGAUGGAGAAUGUCAUCCGCAGGGACAUGUACAAACAGCACACAUCUGGCUGCGGCGGGCCAAAGGACAUGGCUGGCGAGAGCGGCGUGUUGUCCAGCACGGGGCACCCGGGCAGCUACAGUAACGGUGCCCACUGCCAGUGGCACAUCAAGGUGCCCGACGGUAAACUGGUCCACCUGCACUUCCACAACUUCUCCCUGGAGGACACCCAGCUGUGUUUCAACGACAAGGUCACCAUCAACGACAGCUUAGCCAGCCUAGGUACCUACUGCAGUCACAUUCCCCCUCAGGACCUAGUGAGUAUCGGUGACAGACUGAGCCUCUAUUUCACCUCCAACAACAAGGUGGUGGACACCGGCUUCAGGGCCACCUGGAAGGCUGUGGACCCCAGCCAGGCUUCAUGUGGAGGUGUCUUCAGCAGUGAGCAGGGAGAACUCACCUCUCCCAACUGGCCUAACAACUACCUAGACCAGGCUGUGUGUACCUGGCGUCUCUCCAUCCCCUCAGCUUCGAACAUCCACAUUGUCUUCACCCAUUUUGAGGUGCAGGCCGUGAACCAGCUGGGACAGUGUGUGGACUACGUGGAGAUCUACGGUGGAGCAGGGUUGACCUCACAAGAUCGCUUCUGUGGCUUUGCCACGCCCGCUGAGGUUACUGUCGUCGGCAACACGGCUGUGGUCCGUUUCCUCAGUAACAAAGCCAAUGUGGAGAAGGGUUUCCGUGGUUACUGGACCACUGAUCCCAACUUGUUCCCCACUCUGCCUCCCCCUCCCGCUAACCCAUGGGACAACAUCACUAUCAGCUGGCCUGAGAUGUGUGGCAGCCCUGCUGUACCCCCCAGUAGUGCCACCUUGAGAGUGGUCAACGGGUAGAGGCUGUGCCUCACUCCUGGCCUUGGCAAGUCUCCAUGCAGGCCAGUCUGUUUAAUCCCAUCCCCUACAUGCAUGGCUGUGGAGGCUCCCUGAUCCACAAGCAAUGGGUCCUGACGGCCGCUCACUGC